AUGUACGAUAUGUUCCUAGACGAGAGCGAAAAUAUCACCAAAACGGAGACCGAGACCGAGACAUCAGUUUCUGAUCUAUCCACUGGCGCCAUCGCAGAUAUUACUAUUGGCGGAGUUGUUAGCUUGGCGGUUCUUCUACUUGGGGUGUUUCUUGCUCUUCGGAGGCGUCGGCAGGCUGAUCAUGCGACUGGGGAGGAAGAGAAGCCUUUUCUCGGUCACUAUGCAGAAUAUGUGUUACGUCCUGCGGGGAUGAAGCAGUAG